AUGUCAGCGGAGGAGGCUGCCAUAUUCCUACGGCCGCCACCUAAAAGGUAUAAAUCCCAUGCGAAGAUUAAGGCGAAGGCACGCAUAACGUCGGUUGUUCGCCAGGCGGCGGCCUACGCAAAGAUACAAAGAGCACCAGAGCACGGUUUGCAUUACAUCCUGGCUUUGCUCGACGCUGGCUCGUCAGUGGCACUGAGGUUCACGGACGAGUGGCAAGGCGCACUUUGCUCCGCGUUGAUCAGGAAUCGAACCAAAGCCUCCGGUUCUAGCCGUCCUUUGGCUUCUACUGCCUUGACAACAGCGGAGGAUGAAGAAGAGUCUCCAUGGCCUACGGCGAAACUCGAACACACACUCUUCGAUGAGUGGAUAAACUCGACAGAGGCACAAGCUAUUCCAUUCGAGAUUAUCAAGGCUCUGAAUGCCCUUACAGUCGCUCCUGAUUUUCCAUUACCUCCCAUUCAAACCAUUCUGGAGAUGCUGGGAGGCGCCAAGCAUAAAACUGCAGAAGAUAAAAUCGAAGCUAUCCGGCACUGGCCAGAGGUGCUGGAAAAUGAAACGCAAGUGCGGCAGUUCCUCGGCGCCAUUAAUUGCUGUUGCACGUUCAUGGGACCUGAUUAUGCAGACGUUGCGCGGCCUCUGGUUGAUCUUACACGGAAAGAUGUUAGUUUCAAAUGGAUAGAACUUCACACAAAGGCGGUGCAGCAGCUCAAACAGCUCUUAAUCGAUAUCACUACAUUAAAAGUUCCUUACACCACGAAGCCUUUCGAGUUAUACACGAAUGCCUCUGGCUAUGCGAUCGGAGCGGUUCUAGAACAAGAAGGCAAGCCCAUCGGUUUCCUCAGCCAAGUGAUGAACUCCACACAACAGAGAUACUCGAUCUACGGUCAAGAAAUCUUGGCGUUGGUCACGGCCCUGGACAAGUGGUCUCAUUUGCUCCGUAUCGCAAAAGUUACAGCUUAUACAGAUCACCAAGGUCUUACCCAUCUCCAACAACUCCAAGCAUCGAAGCCUCUGCGCAGAAGCACCGCUCGGUGGUUAGAUUUCCUGGCCAAGUUCCCGGAUUUGCACAUUGCUUAUGUUCAAGGAGCGCACAACCAGGUGGCUGAUGCGUUGUCUCGCCGUCCCGGUCUCCCCAACGCCUGCUCGCACGACACACUAACGAAACCAUUGAUGCUUGCAGUAGAACAAACUCGCGUGGCUCCUCGCUCUCGUGGUCGGCCUGCUAACUACAGCGAGCUCGCCGGCAUUCGUUCGCGACGAUCGAGACAACGCACCUUGCCAUCACCACCUACAACUCUGCAGCCUGAGCCCAAUCGAGAGGCGGAACAUCCUACACCUGCAACGAAGACGCGAGCUGACCCUCCUGCGGCGCCCGAAUGGCCGCAAGCCUACUCGAAGUGUUCUGUUUUCCGCGCCCCCUACGAAGUCGCUGCAAAACAACCAGGACACGCUAUACAAAUAGAGUUUCGCAAACGUCACUCCCUGAGCCAGAAAGCUGGAGGCCUUCUUCAACAGCUACUCAUCCCUUCGCGUCGGUGGGCACAUGUGGGCCUCGAUUUUGUCAUGGAUCUUCCCCUUAUGAAGACCGAUAACGACUCGAUUCUCGUGAUGGUCGAUUCCUUCAUCAAGGUGGCUCAUUUCGUUCCUGCAAAGAAGUCAUUCUCAGCAGCAGACACCGUGGAGCUUCUCGCAGACCGUCUUAUCCGCUACCACGGAUUUCUACAGGUACUCAUAUCGGACCGCGACCCCCGCUUCCAGUCGGACCUCUGGCAACAACUAUGUCACCACUUUAACAUCAAACGUGCCAUGUCCUCGUCCUACCAUCUCCAAAGCGACGGUCAAACUGAACGGGUUAACCGCACACUGGAGCAGAUGCUUCGUACCUACAUCCAAUCCGACGAACGCGAGUGGGAGCGUCUGCUUCCGGCCCUGGAUUUUGCCCACAACACGACAAGCCAUUCAUCCACCGAGCUCUCUCCCUUCGACGUCAUGAUUGGCGAGAACCCGCUGGCUGCUGCGAAACUCGAUAUCGUCGGCGUGUUAGCUCCUACGCUCACUCCUCUGACAGCUAAGCUCUUCCGGCAGCUUUGCGACAGAGCGCAGAGCCACAUACAGAAGGCAAAAUGA